GAUAUUCUCUGAGUCUAUUCUUCCUAUCAGGACCGAAAUGCCUAACAGGAAAUGUGGUCAUAAUGGCUCUUCCUGGAUUCUGAUUCCAUUUGCAAUUCCUGCUCUAUGUCUUGAAGAAAAUCUGAGCAGAAGGAUUAUGUCUCAGGGCAUCAUCCGUGCAGACUAAAGAUUAUGAAGUCCGCAGCAGUUCCACUGUAUGAUUCAGAUUGAUGAUCUUACAGCAAAACUGGAAACUGAAUCUUCAAGAUGUCUACACCUGGAUGCAAAAAAUCAAGUUCUUCAACAAGAGUUAUUAUCUAUGAAAGCAACAGAGAGGAAAUGUGAAAAACUAGAAAAGAAUAAAAAGAAGUUGGAACAAAAAGUAGUAAACCUCAGAAGUCAUUUAGAAGUCAAUGUGGUAGAACAGUCAAAUAGAAAAGUCUAAACGGGAGAUUGAAGAGAGAGCAAGAUUGGUUAUAGUAGAAAAUUUAAAAGAAGUCAAUCUAUUUUUACAGACACAAGCAGCAUCUCAAGAAAACUUAGAACAGUUAAGAGAAAGUAAUAAUGCUUCAAUAAGAGGUCAACUGGAACUAAGAAUUAAAGAGCUAGAAUCUGAAAUAUCCAAAAUCAAAAAUUCUCAAGAAGAUAAAGCAGAAUUGGAAAAAUACAGGCAACUCUACGUAGGGGAAUCAAAAAUUCGAAUGUCAUUGACAAAUAAACUGAGCAAGACUAGUGAGAGGCUGGCAGAUAUCACUACCAAAUAUCUGGUGGAGAAACAGCAGAACAGACCUUUCCACAGCACUCUUACUAUGAGACCCGUCUUGGAACUGCCUUAUGUUGGAAAUCUGACUAGUAGUUUACUGCUGGAUAGAAAUGUUACUCCAAGAGAAAAUGUAGUGAUUCCUACCUCAAGCUCAUGCCCUUCAAAUAACAGCAUUGAUACUUACUUGACCAAGAUUUCUGCACAGCAGUUUUCUCGUCAGUAAGUUGAAUGGCUGGGCCAGAGGAUCUCUGAGCAUCUUUCAGCUCUAGAGUUCAGAUUGAUUGGAGAAGUUGCUGGGAAAGCUGUAAGUAGAGUAUGGAUACUAGUAGCUGCAUGUACAGAUAAGAAGUUCCCUUCAGCUAGGAUCUGAGUGAAAAGCACUGAAUCAGGCUCCUGAUAUCAUCCAGAAGUUAGCAAGACUCGAAAGCCUUCCACAGCAGGACAAAAGUCAACAUGUUUCCUGGUGCUGACCUUCUCUUGCUUAGCAGCUGGGCAUUUAUUUAGGUCCAGAUAAAAACCAGUUGUGGUAAAAGAGAUUCAGGGCAGAGGGAAAGUCCACCACAGAGUGUGCCACCACUUCCCAAAGAAGCCAAAUGGAUGAGAAGUCUUCCACCAAGAAAGGUCCAGAGUUCUGUUCAUUACGCUAUGGACUGGCUUUCAUCAUGCACUUCUCAAACUUCACCAUGAUUACCCAGCGUGUGAGUCUGAGCAUUGCAAUUAUUGCCAUGGUGAACAGCACUCAGCUGCAUGGUCUGCCCAAUGCCUCCACAGAAGGACCUCUUGCAGACACCGUCAACAACCCCAGCAGAUCUAUGAAGGAGUUUAAUACAGAGGCCUCUGUCUAUGAAUGGAGCCCAGAGACUCAGGGUAUCAUCUUUAGCUCCAUCAGCUAUGGGAUAAUAGUGACUCUGAUCCCAAGUGGAUAUUUAGCAGGGAUAUUUGGAGCAAAACAGAUGCUUGGUGCUGGUUUGCUGAUCUCCUCUCUUCUCACCCUCUUUACGCCAUUGGCUGCCGACUUCGGAGUGAUUUUGGUUAUUGUGAUUCGGACAAUCCAGGGCAUGGCCCAGGGAAUGGCAUGGACGGGUCAGUUUACAAUUUGGGCAAAGUGGGCUCCCCCACUUGAACGAAGCAAGCUCACCAGCAUUGCGGGUUCAGGGGCAGCAUUUGGGUCCUUCAUCAUUCUCUGCGUGGGGGGACUAAUCUCACAGGCCUUGGGCUGGCCUUUUAUCUUCUACAUCUUUGGUAGCAUUGGCUGUGUCUGCUGUCUCCUGUGGUUCACGGUGAUUUAUGAUGACCCCAUGCAUCACCCAUGCAUAAGUGUCCAGGAAAAGAAAUACAUUGUGGCCUCACUGGCUCAACAGUCCAGUUCUCCCAGACGAUCUGUCCCCAUAAAGGCUAUGGUCAGAUGCCUACCACUUUGGGCCAUUUUCACGGGUUUUUUCAGCCAUUUCUGGUUAUGCACCAUUAUUAUAACAUACCUACCAACGUACAUCAGCUCUGUGCUCCAUGUUAACAUCAGAGAUAGUGGGGUUCUGUCCUCCCUGCCUUUUAUUGCUGCUUCAAGUUGUACGAUUCUAGGAGGCCAGUUGGCAGAUUUCCUUCUGUCCAGAAAUCUUCUCAGAUUAGUCACUGUACGAAAACUCUUUUCAUCUCUAGGCCUCCUCCUUCCAUCGCUAUGUGCCGUGGCCCUGCCCUUCGUGGCUUCCAGUUACGUGACAACCAUUAUUUUACUGAUACUUAUUCCUGGGACUAGCAACCUGUGUGAUUCAGGGUUCAUCAUCAACACCUUAGAUGUUGCCCCCAGGUAUGCAAGCUUCCUCAUGGGAAUCUCAAGGGGAUUUGGGCUCAUCGCAGGAAUCAUCUCUUCCACUGCCACCGGAUUCCUUAUCAGUCAGGUUGGCCAGUUUAUUGAACGUCUGCAAGUGGCAGGAUUCUGUGUCGGGAUGGAGGAAUGUCUUUUUCCUGUCUGCUGCUGUCAACAUGUUUGGCAUGUUUUUUUACAUCACAUUUGGACAAGCAGAAAUCCAAGACUGGGCCAAAGAGAAGACCCUUACCCGCCUUUGAGGAUACUGAAUUGCAAACUUAAAUGCAGUACUGACUGUUAACUUUUGCAACUUUUUUUACGUAUCAUCAUUCUUCAUAUUCUUGGCCAUAGGCUCGGCGGUUCUCAACUCUGGCUGUGUGCAGGAUCUCCCUGAGGAGUCUCUGGAACACAGGGUUGAUGGGGUCUGCUCACAGAGACUCUGAAUGAACUGGUCUGUGGGAGAGCCCUGUUGCCACUAGUUGUUAGACACUCUGCCGGGUCUCUAACACACAGCCACGGUCGACAACUUCCGCACACAGUUGAAGCGUCAAUUCCUGUUGCCUUUGAAGUUUCCUCUUUGGAAAGUACUAGAUGAAUAAAAAUCUAUGUGAAAAUAAUCACUGAUAAAUACCUUCAUGGGGGUGAUUAUGGACACAGAGAAGAUCUGCUAGGAGCUAUAGUCAUAUGUUAUAGAGCCCAGCAUGGAACAGAAAUUUGAGGCUGUAAUCCACAGAAUUCACUUUUUUAUUAUUUGUAUACAUUGUGUGAAAUAUGGAUGUUUAUUUAUGUGGUUAAACCUUAUUAAAAUUCACAUGCUAAAAUUAAA